GGUAGAUGACGAGAUCGAAGCGUGUGCGGCAGGACUUCGUCAUCGUUCCAGCAAACGCAGUGUGUUAAUUAGAGGAAAUAGAUAUUCACACCAAGCACAACAUUGAAAAAAGAAAAUUCAGCUGCCAGCAGUAGCAGCGAAAAGGAGGUGUAAUUGUGCGCUAGAGAAAGAGUGAAAAAGAGAGGGAGAACGAGAGAGAGAGAGAGAGAGAAAAAGAGUGGAACUCGAAUCGUGAACCAUCAGCACUAAACGAAACGCAACAAAAAGGGGUUGGGGGAAACCGAACGAGCCCGAAAAUACUGCAGUGGCUUCGCAAGUGCAGCAGUACCGACGAAUAUAGUUUGCUUCCCGUGUGACACAGGACGCUUAUUCCCCCCGGGUGGUGCGAAAAGCCGUCCGAACUGCUGGUGCCGCCGCUGGUGCUGAAUCCCGUCGCAGGUGGUCCGAUGUCUGGGUGUAGAUAGCACCACACUGAGGACGGUCGGAAAAAGCGCUUUGCUUUAGUGUAGGCAACAAAACAAACCAGAAAAAAAACGCAAAAAAGCAUUUAUUCCUCGCCAGCCGUAGACGGUGUGUAUUGCUUGCGCAGGCAAUUGGAAGGGGGCCCUCUGCGAGCUGAGCACCGGCCAGGACAGCAACGAUGGGCAAGAAGAAACCAACGCCGGAGGAAGAUCUGAUCAUACCGCCGCAGGAUACGCGCAUCUGCGGCGUCAUCUGCAUCUGUCAGCUGACGUUCGUGCUGAGUACGGUCGCGAUCGUGUAUCUGACCGUCGCCAUCUACAUGCCGUCGUCGCGCGCAUUCAAGAGCGGCAUCGACGAAACGCCGGUCAUGUGCACGACGACCCGGGCCCUCAACCAGGACGCGUGCGAGUGGGGUUCGUGCGGCGAGUGGUGCCUCAGCAAAACGUCCGGCGCGUGCAUCCAGAUCUACGUGCACCUGCGCAUGAACGGCAGCAGCCUGCUGUUCACGAACUGUACCAACUCCGCGAACAAAACGUGCUACGGCAUCGAUCAGGAGAACGCGAAAAAGUCCCGCUGCAUUGCGGACGAGUGCAAGAACCUGACCGGCACGUUCAACUGCAGCACCGGGAUGUGCAUCAACAUUACCGAUGCGUUCGAGUGCGUGUUCAAAAACACGGACCCACCGCUCAAGUGUUCCGGGCGCCGGGGUAAGAUUACCUGCAUCGACAUCACCGGGCUGUUCUCGUGCAACCGGGGAACAUGUCGAAAGAUAAGAACUCCAUAUAAUUGCGAUCGUCGUUGCGUCGACAUACCGACCAGAAACAAAAACAUGAUCUUAUUAAGUGGAGAUAAAGUUUAUCUUUCGCAAUGUUCGAGCGCGAUAGACAUGGAGACGAAGCAGGAGGUGUGGAACGAGGCGGAGGACAAGGUGAUCAUGUCCUCGUGCUACAACAUCCAGAACACGUCGCUCGGCAUCGAGGCGAUCGACUGCGUGAAUGGGUCGGUGCUGGAGAAGACGGAGCUGACCGAUCUGACCAACUUUACGUAUCUCAGCUACCUGCACUACGCCGUGUCGAAACCGAUCAAGGUGAUUGCACCGCAGGAGCAGGACCUCACGCUGUCCAACGAGAGCCGGCUGAUGAUCAAUCUCGAAGGGUGCGUCAACACGCUGCAGGACGAGUGCAAGGAGUUUCUGAAGGAGUUCGGCAAGGACGGUACGGAUCAUAAUGCGCGGGCCCGGUUCCCGUGCUACUACUCCAAGAGCAAGAUGCAGCAGGUGGUGGCCCGGUUCGAUCUGGAAACGACCUACCGCCAGUUUAUCGUCGGCUUCUUCGUGCCCACGAUACUGUUUGCCGUGUCGUGCGUGACGCUCAUCUUCUGCCAGCGCACCAUCCAGGUCGGGGAUGAUGCGAAGAUGCGGUUCAUGGGUUGCGGCGAUAAGAACCCGGUGGUGGCCAACGGGGGCGCCAAAAACCAGGACAAAGCCAACUCCGGUGACGGCGGUGGAGGUGGAGACUCCGUUAUGGCUCUCUGAGAUCCAUCACGCAUUCCUCUGCUGCAAGAAGAUAGUCCAGUGCAUCAAUCGGGUGUGUUUUCUCUACACUA